CUCCAGCACCAAGCACCAAACAACAAAUCCGAGCCCUUGUCGCUUCCGUCCUAACCUAUCGCCUUCCAUACCGACGCUUGCCACGCGAACUGCUGUCCUACGACUCGGACGCCUUCAAGAAGCAGUCAUCUUCGCACACCUCGCCGCUUCUCCUUUUGCUUUCCUUCUCUCCUCUCUUCUGUUCCUCUUGCCCACAGUCUGCUAUCUGCCAUGUUGGUCCUGCCCCUCGUCUGCCACUGUCGCUGACACAUGUUCCCGAAACCAGAUCCAUAGCCUUCUCGUCGUCCCUGGCGCCAGCAUAUUUCUACAUCACCCCGAAAAAGAAUCUGUGCACCCCUCGCGCUCUUUUCCGCGUUGUGGUAACUGUCAUGUAUCACACAUUCACCGGUUCGUCCCGAAAACCUCGACAAGUCAACCUCGCUGGGCCGAAGAGCAACCCGUUCUCCAAACAGUCGGCUCUUCAGAACGCUCAACUCGAACGCGAGAACCGUCAGCGGGAGCGAGAGAGAUUGCAUGCCACUCGGCUGCUGCAGCGAAGGUGGAGGGGUUACGCCUCCAGACAGAAAACACGCAUACAGUGGAGAGAUGACUUCGACAAGCUUGAGGCGGACAGUUGCGAUGGAAGCGGGGGUUACGAAAAUCAAGAGACUGCUCUGCUCCAGUUGCAGCGCUUGCUGCAGUUUUCCAAACUGAAGGCUGGUUCGAACGACUUGCAGCGCCUGCACAGGUUCAUCACCAGGCUCCGGGCCACUGUCCAGAACGAGGACAUUAUCUGUGCCGGCGGACCAUGGCCCAUGGCAUAUCUACGCUUACACAAGCUUCUCCUCAACUUGGUCCGGACGUCAAACGGCCAGAGUGCUGACCUCGAUUCUAACCUGCGAGCCGUCGUCUUUAUCGGACACCAGAUACCAGACAAGGUUGCGAGGAAUGCGAGGAUGCUGUACAGCGCGAUGACAGCCUUGUUGGAGGCGAAUGGAGAGACACUCGCAUGGCGUGAGGGUCUGCUAGAGCUCAUGAUCGACGUGCUUGUGGCUCCUAUCUUGACGGACUGCCCGGAGAGAAAUGACGCGUAUCAGGCACUGGCGUGCGAAUUCCUCACCUCUAGAGCGGUGACCACUCCACCGUUCGCUACCAAAUGGCUUGACAGACUGGCCGACACCGUUGACUCGGCACAGCUUGCUGAGGCCGUAGCUACCGUGAUGUCUUCCCAGCCAGAUUACAACGGUUUCACAUCAAUGCACAUUCCUGCUCGCCGAUACAAUCUGCUCGGCACUUUUAUCUAUGUCCACCGUCGCGCCCACAUGCGGCAUACGUCGCAAGCGUACACGUCUCACCAGGACUUCGUGCACUCAAUCUCAUCCCUUCUACUCUCACUUUCCGUCGAGAUAAGCAGCUACGAUCUCAGCAGUGCAUACACUACGUCCGAUGACCCCAAUUCUCUCGCUUCCAAUACCUUCGCGCGAGAGCAGAUGCUCUCGCUCGUCGACCAGGAAAGCAUCCGAACUCUCCUCUCCGGGGCCACAAAUACAAAAGACGGUCUUGGCAGCCCCAGAAUGAAUUCAGAGGCAAAACAGCUUGCUACAUAUGCGCUCACUCUUCUGCGUUUUUUUCCUCGCCGUGCAGAUGACAUCCGAAUGUGGCUCUUCAUGGGAUCCACAGCGUCGUCUUCAUCCCCAUCAGAUGAUUCACAGCAGCGUCUCCCUGCAAUCAAAUUCUUUUGGCAGGCCGCGCGCUCAUCCAUGGUAUUCAACACCAUUUCCCGUGAUGUCAAGUCUGUCGUCAAGCUGUUGAAGCCGCAACCUGCAUGGGAUGGCAGUGGACUGAAUGGCCAGCACGCGGAAUGGGUGCAAGAUGAUUGGCGAGUCGUGCUCAUCUUUCUAGAGCUGUAUACGUUUGUGCUGAAGUUGAUGGAUGAUGAGGAAUUCUUCUCUGCUUCUUCACUUGAUUCUUCUAGCAGCAGCAGCAGCAGCAGUUCAUCAUGGGCACGUACGAAUGCACUGCCCCUCGACGACGUCAAGGAUCUCACGCUGUUCUUGAAAAAUCUGGGCUUCGUCAUGUACUUUAACGCCAAGGACAUCGUGGAGGAAGGCAGUGGCGAACAACGCGCCGGAGAUACAACUGCUAGUCUAAGCAGCUACUUCAAGGUGGCAUCGUCGGAUCGAGAGACGCUCCAUGACGAGCUUCCAAGGCUGCCCAAAACACCCGAAACGGCGCUGGCCGGGCUGGCAGGCAUAAGCAUCGACUAUGUAAAGGGCCUCGUCACCGGUCUCUUGCGCAUGGUGCACGAACGGGAUUCGAGACGCAAGUUUCUGCCCAAGGACCAUUGGCUUAUGACGAGCUUUUUUGAGAUGGAUAGUUUUAUACCGGACGUUGUCGCGGAGGAGGAGAACCGGCAUUUGAUCGAGGACGAAGGCAAGCAGGAAUUCGACCCUGACUAUGACGAUAUCGAUGAGCCAUCAACAUUCGUGGGCACGGGUAGGGAUCGGAUGAUACGGAUCCAGCAACGCUUAGAACGGCAGCAGAAGAAGAUGUCACGAAGAAGAUACUUACAAGCUGUAGCUCCACGCUCUGAGAUUCUGCAGAACAUGCCCUUCUUCAUCCCUUUCAACACACGCGUUGAGAUCUUUCGCGAGUUUGUGAAGAGAGACCAGUUCCGUCGGCGGGAAGGUCUUGUCGAUGCUGAACUCUGGCGCAUCAACAUGGCCAACAGUUUCAACAGUCAGCACGUCAACAACCUAGCAAGACACACGGCAACUAUACGCCGUGGCCAUGAGUUUGAGGACGCGUACGAGCAGUUUUACAGCCUAGGCGAGGGUCUGAAGGAGCCAAUUCAGAUUACCUUCAUGGACAGGUUCGGGCAGCAAGAGGCUGGAAUCGACGGAGGAGGUGUGACAAAGGAGUUUCUUACAAGCGUUACCAAUCAGGCGUUUACGCCGUCUUCCGACGGCGGUCUGGAUCUGUUCAAAGAAAACCAGCAGCGACUCUUGUUCCCAAAUCCGACCGCGGUUGAGGAGCAGAAGGAGAUACUUCGCCAGGCCGGAAUACAACCUCGAACACCGGAGUACGUGAGGCUGAUGACUGAACUCAUGCAGCGGUAUGAGUUCCUAGGUCGAAUAGUUGGAAAGUGCUUGUAUGAAGGAAUACUUGUGGACAUUAACUUCGCUCCAUUCUUUUUACUCAAAUGGGCUCUCACUGGCGGCGAUGGCGCGGCACCGCGCGAGUCUGGAUACAGAGCCAACCUUAACGACCUGCGGGACAUAGAUCCGGAUUUAUACCGUGGGCUAAUUCAAUUGAAGAAUUACCCCGGAAAUGUCGAGGAAGACCUCGCUCUUGAUUUCACCAUCGCUGACACCUUCGUCGUAGACCACCGUACGGGCGAGGAAAAAGUCAUCAUGAGGGAACUACGCCCUAACGGCGCAAAUAUACACGUCACGAAUGAGAAUAGAUUGGUUUACAUCUCAUGCGUUGCGCGUCACCGGCUUGUCACCCAGCCUUACGCUCAAACAAACGCAUUUCUGAAAGGCCUUUCAUCUAUGAUCUCUCCAUCGUGGUUGUCGAUGUUCAAUCAGUCCGAGCUGCAGAUGCUCAUAGCUGGCACAUCGUCCAGCAUCGACAUCGCAGACCUUCGCCGCAACACAUUGUACGGUGGCGUUUACGUUAUUGGCGACGACGGUCGCGAGCAUCCAACGGUCCAGCUCUUCUGGUCGGUCAUGGAAAGUCUCAGCGAUGAGGACCGUCGCAAGGUUCUCAAAUUCGUCACAAGCACUCCCAGAGCCCCGUUGUUAGGCUUUGCCAGUCUGAACCCUCGCUUCUCGCUGCGGGAUAGCGGCGAUGAUGAGAGUAGGCUACCUAGCACGAGUACGUGCGUCAACUUACUCAAGUUGCCUCGUUACAAGACCGCCGAGGUAUUGAAGGAGAAACUACUGUAUGCGGUGAACAGCGGCGCUGGUUUCGAUCUGUCCUAGGUGUUGACAAGGCGCAUAAAUUACAACAAUGGGUCCGAUCCCGAAUCGCAGGAGAGGAAAUGAACCCACGUUACAAUGCACGCAUCCCACUGUUUAGGCGUUCUAAUAAAUACAUAUUCUUUGACCCAUCUCCCGCGGCGACGAUAUAUAUACAUAUAUAUAUUAUAGAAGGCGGCUUGGAUGAAAGGUUGGCUUUUCGUUCUCGAGCACGGAACGCUUUGUAGAAUUUUUUAUCUUGUUUUUUUUCUUUUCAUGUAUUGAUGAUUUGAUGUGCUGACGGACCAUUGAAAAAGCUGAUGCGGCACCAACGCUCGUGCUGAGCUGGCGUUUGAUAGUAACGCUGAGAAAAAAAAUAAACACUCCUUUUCAGCGGACCGCAUU